AGUUCGGAUCAGCUCAGUUCACUGGAAGAUGUCUGAGUGACCGCAAGACGCCUUCCAACAUAGUUUUUGUUAAAUUAUUUUUUUAUUUUUAACUAAAUGACCUUCGAUUUUUGAAGUUAAAUUGUGUUUUUUAGUGUUGUGUUAUUUUUCAAAAAGGAACAAUGCGUGUCCUCAUAGCGGCAGCAUUCUUGAUGCUGGCGAGAGCACAGUCCACCAUUGACCCGAAUGUACUGGCUGGCAUCUUCGGAACACCCCCAACACCGGCCCCCAAUUACGGGGGCUCUACCACGCAGAGACUUGAAGAUAUAACAGUAAAACCGACUGAAGGGCCGACCACACACGUAGAUGAGAACGGCAAAAGUUGUCAAUGUGUGCCGUACUAUUUGUGUGACGCGAACAACGUGGGAGUCGAUGUGAACAAUGCUAGUGUCACUGGAUGGGGCGUUUUGGACAUUAGGUUCGGAGAAGAUGACAACCAGCGCCAAUGUCAGGAGAGUGUGGAGGUAUGCUGCUCAGUUCCCAGGGAUCCGGCUGAUGUCCCCAAACCAGACCCCAAGCCUAAACCUGGUCAUCCAGUGGGCUGUGGUUACCGCAACCCUAAGGGAUUGGGUGGGAUUACCAUUACUGGUAAUACUGGUGGUGAGACCCAAUUCGGCGAGUUCCCCUGGGUGGUGGCGGUGAUGAGUCAGAACGGAUCCUACGCUGGUGUUGGCGUGUUGAUACACCCUCAAGUUGUGAUGACAGCCGCUCAUAUUGCUUUCAAGUUUGGAUCUAAUUUGAUACAAAAUCUGAAGAUCAGAGCUGGUGAAUGGGACACACAGACGACUAAGGAAAUAUACCCAUUCCAAGAGAGAACCGUACAAGACUACUAUAUUAAUGAAAAUUUCAUGCCAAAAAGUUUGAAGAAUGACGUGGCCCUGUUACUGUUGGAGUCGCCGGUAGAAAUAUCAGAGCACAUCAACGUCAUCUGCAUGCCUGAACAAGAUGAGGUCUUCGACAGUCAUAAGAACUGUGUGGCUAAUGGGUGGGGGAAGAGUCAUUUUGAACUCCACGACCGUUACGCCGUGAUCCUCAAGAAGGUCGAAGUUGACAUGGUGCCGAACACCAGGUGUAACGCUCUGCUGAAGAGGACCCGGCUGGGACACAACUUCCAGCUUCAUAGGAGCUUUGUAUGCGCUGGGGGAGAGGAGGGGAAAGAUACUUGCCAGGGUGACGGUGGCGCCCCCCUAGCCUGUCCUAUCGGCAACAACAGGUACAAAUUAACAGGCCUAGUUGCCUGGGGUAUAGGCUGUGGCCAGAAGGAUGUACCAGCGGUCUACGUCAAUGUACCACUCUUCAGAUCCUGGGUGGACGAUAAAAUGGCCCGGUGGGGUCUCGAAGCAACGUCUUACAGGAUAUCAAAUGUGGACUAAAAUAAGUAGUAUUAUUUACAAGCAAACACUAAACGCUGUUUAAAAAAAAAUGUUUGAAGUUUGAAUUCUAUAGACGCACCGAUCCAUCCUGAAUUUUGACAUUAGCGUAAUAUAAAUAUUAUGUCUUUCAAUAUGUAAUCGAAAAAUAAUGGAUGGAUCGGUUAUCAAUCCGCAGUUAGGUAAAGAAUGACAAUAAUAUAAUGUAAGCCGAGUCAUGAGAUUAUAUUAUAAGAAAAUAUAACCGAGACGUUCUUGGCAUUUAAGUAAAUAUUAAUAAUCUUGAUAUGACUUUUUAUUACUUAAAAUUAAGUUUAGAAAUGAAAUGCUGACAAAAUUUACAAUAAUAAUAAUGACUUAAUCAAGUGACUGAUUCAGAAGGCAGUACUCCUUGAUACGACGCGUAUUGUGAGGUUUCUGUCUCUGGGACCCUAACCACCGGUACCUUGGACCCUGUGCCCGAUAUCGGUGGCCAUCAUUUUUUAAUAUUUUUAAAUGUUUUUUUUUUUUUUUAAUAUUUAAAAAAUGUUAAUAAUAUGUUGAGAAAUAAAUAAAUGAACUACCAAUGACUUAAUCAAUUGAAUUAUUAUUUUAAGCAGUAGUUUGUUUGUUUAAUAUGUAUUAGUUUAAAAAGUCCUAUCAAGAUUGUUUAGCUUCAGUUAAGUGCCCACUCAAAUGUAGUGGCGCCCAACGUGGGGCCAAUUUUAUAAUAUUUUUUGUAUUUUUUCACAUAUUUUAGACGCAUUUUCAAAUAAAGUUUUGUUUAGACAUAAUAUUAAGUAAAAAUGCUCAAAACAUAUUUAUCUACUAAACUAUGUAACAGUCAUGUCCUUUUUACAAAUUUUGACAUUAAAUAAGAUAUUUUAAAAACUUA